AUGGGGAAAGGUCCGCUCCCGGAUGAGGACUGGACCAAAAUCUCGGACCUGGCGGAGAGACGGCGGAUCCAAAACCGGAUUGCUCAGCGAAACUAUCGUAAGAAGCUCAAGCGAAGACUCGAAGAUCUAGAGCGCCGUGCUGGGUCGUCUUCUGCCUCGCCAGAACAACAGCAUUCGGAACUAGCUACCACUCCCGCCAAAGAGACUUCCCAGAAACAAACUCAAUCCAUGGCCCGCCAGCCUUCGAGAUCAAAGCAUCGCCAGAGAUUUUUACCUUUGGAUGACCACUCCUCACUCUUUGACGCUCCAGCUGGACGCCGUCUUUCAAUCCAUUCUCAGCCGGCAUUUACCUUUUCGUCAUACCCGCCGACCACAGCAUAUCUCCACUAUGAGCACCAACAACACCCCGCGUAUGACAACACGACCAGCCACUACUCGAGCUACCGAUAUCCCGUAGAGGUGACAUCGUCGAGUCUGCCGCCGACGUUACCUACCAUGGUGUCCUCAGCAUACGGGAAGCAGGACCGCCUGUUUGGAGAUGACGACAUGUUAAGUCCAUUCAGCAUGAACUACGCCUCGCUGGCCGGUCUGCAAAUGCCCUCGGACUAA